AUGGUCACUACUCCCUUCCUCAUUAUUGAUUGCCCCACAGCGUACAACGUCAUCUUGGGGCGCCCUGCCAUGGCCCAGAUGAAGGUUUUCAUUUCCACACAUAUGUUAUUGUUGAAAUUUCCUACGCCCCAUGGCACGGGCGCGGUGCGCGGCGAUCAACUUAGUGCCCGAAGCUGCUAUGCUUUGGCAGUAAAGUCUACCAAUCGCCAACAUAAGGGUGAGGCCCUAGUGGCCAAACCUGUGGAGGACCUCGAACUGGUCACUCUCUAUGAGGACAUCCCGGAUCGACAGGUCAGAAUCAGCACCUCCCUCUCACAAGAGCUUCGUUCUGAUCUUGUUACCUUCCUCCGCCUCAACUCUGAGGUCUUUGCUUGGUCUUACAACGAUAUGCCGGGCAUAUCACCUGACGUCAUGUCCCAUAGGCUCAGCAUUAAUCCUGCCGUCCGACCCGUUCGGCAGAAGCAUCGUGCUUAUGACCUGGAGCGGUAUGAGACCAUGAAGGCAAAGGUGGAUAAGCUGAACACCAUUGGAUUCAUCAAGGAGGUGGAUUAUCCCACCUGGCUAGCCAAUGUGGUAAUGGUACGUAAACCAAGGAAGGGCUGGCGUAUGUGCGUGGACUACACAAAUCUCAACCGGGCCUACCCAAAGGAUAGUUUCCCCCUACCCCGCAUUGACCAACUAGUUGACGCCACAGCUGGACACACCCUUCUCAGCUUCAUGGAUGCUUACUCAGGGUACAACCAGAUCUUCAUGCACCCUGAGGACCAAGUUCAUAUAUCCUUCAUCACUGACUGUGGCCUUUACUGCUACAAAGUCAUGCCUUUCGGCCUCAAGAACGUCGGGGCUACGUAUCAGCAUCUGGUGAACAGCAUCUUCGCUCCACUAAUUGGCAACACCAUGGAAGUUUAUGUUAAUGACAUGCUGGUCAAGAGUCGCACUGCUGACCAGCACAUCCCCAACCUCCCUGCCAUGUUCACCAUUUUGAAGCAGUAUAGGAUGCAGCUCAACCCCACCAAGUGUGCAUUUGGGGUGGCCUCCGGCAAAUUCCUUGGCUUCAUGAUCAGCCAAAGAGCCCUGAUCAGAUUUAUCUCUAAGGCCACUGAUCGUUGCGCCCCAUUCUUCAAGGCACUUCAGGGUAGCAAACGCAGCAUUACCUGGACUGCCGAAUGUGACCAAACAUUCGGCGAGCUCAAGGCAUACAUGAGCCGAGCCCCUUUAUUGUCAACCCCUGAGUCUAGGGACGUCCUCACCAUCUACCUCUCUGUCUUGGCCACAGCGGUUAGCUCAGUGCUCAUUCGACCAUACGAAGGUGCUGAGCAUCCGGUGCACUAUGUGAGCAAAAGAUUGCAAGAUGCAGAGGUUCGAUACCCAGACAUUGAGAAACUUGCUUUCGCCCUGGUGGUUUUGGCUAGGCACCUCAGACCAUACUUCCAAGCUCACAUCAUCCAUGUCUUAACCAACCAACUGCUCCGGCAAGUGUUGCAGAAGCCAGAGACUUUUGGGAGGUUAGUUAAGUGGGCCAUUGAACUUGGUGAGUUUGAUAUCCACUACAAACCCCGCCAAGCCACAAAAGGCCAAGCCGUGGCUGAUUUCAUAUCUGAAUUCACCGAACCCCAUACUCUGGCCAGUCUUCAAAUUGCAAUCAAGCCUACUCCUAUCUCGAACCAGGGAUGUGGAGCUGACCUCGUUCUCAUCUCCUCAGACAAGGUUGUCCUUAAGUACGCCCUCCGCUUCAAAUUCCACCCCUCCAACAAUGAGGCCGAAUACGAAGCACUCUUAGCCGGCCUUCGGCUAGCCAAGGAGAUGAGCGUCAAGCAAAUCCAAAUAUUCAGCGACUUGCAGCUUGUUGUCCACCAAGUCAACCAGGACUUCACGGCCAAGGACGUUUCCAUGACAGCCUACCUCCAACAUACCCGCCAUCUGCUUACAACUUUCAAUGCUUAUCUCAUAGGCCAGGUGCCACGCUCUGAGAAUAGUCAUGCUGAUGCAUUAGCAAGGAUAGCCUCGGCAAUGGAGCAGGGCAUAGGUCGCAACAUCCACAUAGAGUUAUUGGACCAGCCCAGCACACGGGCACCACUCAUCUGUGUCAUCGAUCACAGCCCUACAUGGAUGGACCCUAUCACUCAAUUCUUGCAGAACCAGACACUACCUGUUGAUCCUGCUGAAGCGCGGCGUGUUCGCUAUCGUUCCGCUCGAUACUUGAUCAUCAAUGGUGCCCUAUACAAGUGCGGCUUCAGCCUCUCCUACCUUCGGUGCCUAACCCCAGAAGAAGGAACCUACGUCCUAAGGGAGAUUCAUGAGGGUAUCUGUGGCAACCACUCAGGCGCUCGCUCCCUAGCACACAAGAUCAUUCGGCAGGGAUACUUUUGGCCAUCACUUCACACUGAUGCCCAGACCUUCACCCAGAAGUACGAUAAGUGUCAACGAUUUGCCAACAUCCCACAACUUCCAGCUGAGCCAUUGACAGCCAUGGGCAAGGGCCAAGUCAAGUAUGCAGUUGUAGCUGUGGACUACUUCACCAAGUGGGCUGAAGCUGAGGCCUUAGCCACCAUCACUGCAGCCCGCAUCGAAACUUUUGUUUGGCAAAACAUCAUACAUCUUUGCUUCGCCUCCCCACCCCAUCCUCAGUCUAAUGGCCAGGUGGAAGCCAUGAACAAGAUCAUCAAGAAAACUCUAAAAACCAAGCUUGACAAAGCUAAGGGUUGCUGGCCAGAGCUACUCCCAAAGGUUCUCUGGUUCUACCGCACCACCUUCCGUACCUCAACAGGAGAAACACCUUUCUCUCUCUUCUUUGGUACCGAAGCAGUGGCACCAGUGGAGAUUGGCCAGCCCACAUACCGAACCUCCAUUUAUAAGGCCGAAGCUAAUGACGAGCAGCUAGCCCUGAACCUCGACUUCAUUGAUAAGCUUCGUGACCAAUCCAACAUGCGCAAUGUCGCGUACAAACAGCGUAUCGCUAAGUACUACGAUUCCCGAGUCAAGCCCCGUGCUUUCAAACUUGGGGACUGGGUCAUGCGCAAGGUUUCCUUGGCCACCAAGAAUCCCACUGAAGGUACCUUAGGCCCUACAUGGGAAUGUCCUUAUAAGGUUACCAAAGUCUGCCGCCCCGGCACCUAUCAGCUUCGUGAUACUAAGGGCAAGACCUUGCCUCAUCCUUGGAAUGCUGAUCACCUUAAGUACUACUAUAAGUAA